AUGAGUGGCCUCGCAUCCAAGCAGCAGUCGCUCAAGAUUUUUGAGAAGCUGAAGGCGAAGCAAGCCAACAAGGUUUGCUUCGACUGCGGCCAGAAGAACCCAACUUGGACAUCGGUCCCCCUCGGCAUCUACCUCUGCCUCGACUGCUCCGCGAACCACCGCAACCUUGGCGUCCACAUCUCCUUUGUUCGGUCUACUAACCUCGACCAAUGGCAAUGGGAUCAGCUGCGGGUGAUGAAGGUGGGCGGUAACGAGUCGGCUACCAAGUUUUUCCAGUCCAACGGUGGCUCUGCGGCGCUCAACAGCAAGGACCCGAAGACAAAGUACACCUCUCCCGCAGCCACGAAGUACAAGGAAGAACUAAAGAAGAGGGCGGCCCGGGAUGCCAAGGAAUAUCCUGAGGAAGUGGUCAUCGACGACGGCGCAGUGGGCACCGAGAGCGGGAGCACCCCUGCCGAAGAUGAGGAUGAUUUCUUCUCGUCAUGGAGCAGGCCCGCGGUCAAGAAGCUGAGCCCGCCCAUCUCGCGAACGGCCACCCCCCCAGUCAUCGGCCGUACUCAGUCGCCACUUGCGAACAGCAAGGACAACUCGCGCUCCGCAUCACCGCUCGCCAAGACUGCGGACGGCGAAACAGCGAAGCCCGCACCCAGCCGUAUCACCACAUCGGCCGCUCUUCGCUCCAACACGACGGGUCCGCGCAAAGCCAAUAUUCUCGGCGCCAAGAAGGCAACUUCGAAGCUGGGCGCCAAGAAGAUUACCAGUGACGUCGUGAUUGACUUUGACGAAGCCGAGAAGAAGGCAAAGGAGGAAGCCGAGCGGAUCGAGAAGCUUGGGUACGACCCCAACGCUGAGGAGGAAGCCCCGGCGGCCAAGUCGUCCGCCAAGGCUGAGACCUCUAUCGUCUCACCCACACCCGUCGCCCCUGUGCGUAGCACUGGAAGCUACGGCUCUGCGCAAGCGCGGGAGAAGUCGGCGGCUGAGGUUGAACGUCUCGGCAUGGGUGUUGCUCGGUUGGGUUUUGGGCAGGUGGGCAAGCCAGCGGCCGCGGCGAAGAGCGCUGGCGGGUUUGGUUCUGUCGGUCCCAUUAAGGCGGCCCCCGAGGAUGACAAUGACAACUACGCCCGUUCGAAGUUUGGCACUCAAAAGGCGAUUUCCUCGGACGAAUUCUUCGGCAGGGGCAUGUUCGAGUCGGGCGCCCGGGCCGAGGCCCAAUCGCGUCUGCAGGGUUUCGAGGGCGCGCAGUCCAUCUCCAGCAACGCCUACUUCGGCCGCCCCGAGGGCGAGGAGGUUGUCACGGAGGACUAUGGCGAUCUCGAGAGCGCCGCAAAGGACUUUGUCCGUCGCUUUGGCAUCACUGCCGCCGACGACCUUGAGAACCUUUCCCAUCUGCUGGGCGAGGGCGCUGGUCGGCUGCAAGGAGCUGUCCGGGCGUACUUGGGGAACUAG